AUGGGAGACGGAGCUGCCAGGGGGAACGAUGAUGUGUGGGCUGUCCUGGGAGUGCAGCUGGUGGUGACCCUGCUCACCGCCACCCUCAUGCAUAGGCUAGCGCCGCACUGCUCCUUCGCACGCUGGUUGCUCUGCAACGGCAGUCUCUUCCGAUACAAGCACCCUACUGAGGAAGAGCUUCGGGCCCUGGAGGGAAAGCCCCUGGAGGGAAAGCCGAGGCCCAGAGGCAGGAAGGAGCGGUGGGCCAAUGGCUAUAGUGAAGAAAAGCCCUUGUCUGUGCCCCGAGAUGCCCCUUUCCAGCUGGAGACCUGCCCCCUCACAGCGGUUGAUGCCCUCGUCCUGCGCUUCUUCCUGGAGUACCAGUGGUUCGUGGACUUUGCCGUGUACUCGGGUGGCGUGUAUGUCUUCACAGAGGCCUACUACUAUGUGCUGGGCCCGGUCAAGGAGACCAACAUCGCGGUGUUCUGGUGUCUGCUCACCGUCGCCUUCUCCGUCAAGAUGUUCCUGGUGGUGACCCGGCUGUACUUCAGUGCAGAGGAGGGGGGCGAACGCUCUGUCUGCCUCACCUUUGCCUUCCUCUUCCUGCUCCUGGUCAUGCUGGUGCAGGUGGUCCAGGAGGAUACUCUCGAGCUGGGCCUGGAGCCAGGCCUGGCCAGUAUGACCCAGAACUUGGAGCCACUUCUGAAGACGCGGGGCUGGGACUGGGCGCUCCCUCUGGUCAAGCUGGCCAUCCGCAUAGGGCUGGCAUUUGUGGGAUCCAUGCUGGGUGCCUUCCUCACCUUUCCAGGCCUGCGGCUGGCUCAGACACACCUGGACGCACUGAGCAUGUCAGAAGACCGGCCCAUGCUGCAGUUCCUUCUGCAUACCAGCUUCCUGUCCCCUCUGAUCAUCCUGUGGCUCUGGACCAAACCCAUUGCACGGGACUUCCUGCACCAGGCACCCCUGGGGGAGGUGCCCUUCUCCCUGCUGUCAGACUCAGCCUUCGACUCACUGCGCCUCUGGGUGCUGGUGGCCUUGUGCCUGCUAAGGCUGGCCAUGACCAGGCCCCACCUGCAGGCCUACCUAUGCCUGGCCAAGGCCCGUGUGGAGCAGCUGCGGCGGGAGGCCGGUCGCAUAGAGGCCCGUGAGAUCCAGAGGCGGGUGGUGCGAGUCUACUGCUAUGUGACGGUGGUGAGCCUGCAGUACCUGACGCCACUCAUCCUCACCCUCAACUGCACGCUGCUGCUCAAGACGCUGGGUGGCUACUCCUGGGGCCUGGGCCCGGUCCCCAUGCUGUCCCCCGCCCAGUCCUCAGCCCAGGAUAGCCUGGGGGGUCCCGGGGAGGAUGAGGCCCAGCAGACGGCGGCCCGGAUCGCUGGGGCGCUGGGCAGCCUGCUCACGCCCCUCUUCCUCCGCGCCGUCCUCACCUUCCUCAUCUGGUGGACCGCAGCCUGCCAGCUGCUCUCCAGCCUCUUCGGCCUCUACUUCCACCGGCACCUGGCGGGCUCCUAG